GCAGCACUAUAUGGAUGACUACAUACAAAGUCUACCGGAUGAAUCUACCGCGAUUGAUAUGGUGAAGGAUAUAAUUAAUAUUCACAAAGAGGGUGGGUUCGAAAUUCGGAAUUUCACGAGCAAUAACUUGGAUGUGUUGAAAAGUGUGCCUACCGAGGCUUUAGGCGAUGCUGCUGUAAAAUUCAAAAUAGGUCAGCAAUAUGAAGGCGAACGAACACUCGGGCUCAUUUGGUACCCAGGGACGGACGAACUAGGUUUCGACGUGUCGUUGAAGCGUGUGCCACUUGAUAUAUUGAAAGGUGAGCAAAGACCAACUAAAAGGCUAAUGUUGAAAGUCAUUAUGUCAAUAUUCGACGUGUUUGGCUUUUUGGCUCCUUUUACCAUUCAAGGCAAGAUAAUGCUGCAAGAUACGUGGAAAUCGCAUGUCGGCUGGGAUGACACCAUUCCUGACGCCACAUUUGAUAAGUGGAGAAAGUGGCUCGAGCUGCUGCAGGUAAUAAAUCAAAUUCGAGUACCCAGAUGUUAUCACCAGGCAGCGACAACAGGCAGCGUAGCAUUGCUACGAGAGCCACCAUCCAUUACAAACGCUGCACCAUCUCCACUGACGGGCGUCAGCGCAAGUGCUGCUGCAACAAGGUGUGAGUAUAAUAAUCUGCAGUUGCAUACGUUUUGUGAUGCGUCAACAAAAGCAAUGGCUGCCGUGUCAUACUGGCGAUGGAAGGACAAGUUUGGAAACACCUGUGUAGCGUUAGUGGCUAGCAAAUGUAGAGUUUGUCCAGUCAAACCAUUGACAGUGCCCAGAUGUGAGUUACAAAGUGCUCUUUUAGCUGCCAGAUUAGCAGAUACACUGUUAAAAGAGCACAAACUCAAAGCAACGCGUAGAUACUUUUGGAGUGAUGCCACUACCGUGUUGCACUGGAUAAAAAAUGACACACGCAAUUACAAGACUUUUGUUGCGAAUAGAUUGGGUGAAAUCGACGAGCUUACGCGUGCAUCAGAGUGGAGGUACGUACCUACUAAAUUAAAUAUUGCCGACACAGCUACACGUGAGGUCUACGAUGAAUCCAUUUUUCAAAACGAAUGGUUCAACGGUCCUACAUUUUUGUACGGUGAAGAAUCUACAUGGCCGCAAGACUUAGUGGAACGAGAUGUAAAUGUUUCAAAUCUAGAACGCGUAACAUUGGUCCAUGAAACUACUCAACACUCGUCUCUUCUGGAUCCUCAUCGUUUUUCGUCUUGGUUGCGGCUUAAGAGAGCUACUGCAGCGGUUCUUAAGUUUGUAAACAGGUGUAAAAAACGUACAAGUGAAGAGGACUGCGAGACAAUGGAACGAGCGGAGCGUCUUAUAUUGAAACAAGCCCAGCGAGAGUCUUUUGGCCAAGAGAUUGCAGCAAUAAAAUCAGGUAAGUGUAUAGAACGCAGUAGCAGAAUACGUACCUUAUCACCAUUUUUAGACGAGUUCGACGUGCUACGAUGUGGUGGCCGAAUUGACGCCGCACUAGAUGUUGCACAUGAUGUAAAAAGACCAGUCAUCCUUGACGGUAAGCAUCACGUAGCGCGACUAUUAGCUAAACAUUACCAUGAAAAGGCUGCUCACGAUCAACAGGAGACUGUAGUAAAUAAUCUCAAGCAGAGAUACUGGAUAGUGCAGCUGAGGUCUACUGUUAAGUUUGUAGCUUCACGCUGCAUGAUAUGCAGACUGAGGAAAGCCAAACCUGAAGUUCCCAGGAUGGGGGACUUACCAGCUGCGCGUAUGGCUCACCAUCAGAGGCCGUUUACAUACAGCGGAUGUGAUCUGUUUGGCCCGAUGGAGGUGACAGUAGGAAGACACCGCGAAAACAGGUUUGGUGUACUUUUUACUUGUCUGACGGUAAGAGCCGUCCAUAUAGAAAUAGUUCAUACUCUGACAACGGAUUCUAUGAUAAUGGCACUUCGGCGGAUGGCGGCACGAAGAGGUUGGCCGCGAUAUUUAUAUUCCGAUAACGGUACUAACCUGCGGGGCGCUGAUUCGGAAUUGAAGAAAGCUGUUCAGGAACUAGAUGAUGAAGUCUUGAAAAGAGAAGCUGCGAACGAAGGAAUCCAGUGGUCGUUUAUUCCACCCGCUAGUCCCCAUUGGGGUGGGGCAUGGGAACGUCUGGUGCGUAGUGUAAAGACUUCACUAAAGGUAAUUUUAAAAGAAAGAGCGCCCAAAGAUGAAACUUUGAGCACUCUUAUAGCCGAGGUAGAAAACAUAGUGAACUGUAGACCCUUAACUCACGUAUCUGUUGAACCUGGAAGUGAUGAGGCUUUGACGCCAAAUCAUUUCCUCCUCGGUACGUCGUCCAGCUUACCUGUAUUAGGUUGUUUUAAUGAUAACGACUUACAUCUCCGGAAGCAAUGGCGCAAGUCACAGCUUCUAGCAGAUAUGUUUUGGCAGCGUUGGGUCAGAGAGUACUUGCCGGUUUUGAUACCACGACAAAAAUGGAACCAGGAACAGAGGCCUCUGCAGGUAGGUGACCUGGUGCUGAUAGUGGACCCUGGAGCUCGCCGAAACGUGUGGUUAAAAGGUGUGGUAAGUCAAGUAUUCCCGGGAGCAGAUGGUCGGGUGCGCAUGGUUGAGCUGAAGACUAAAUCGGGAACGUUGAGGCGUUCGGCAACACGCGUUGCGAGAAUCCCAAUAGUAAAUGAGUGCUGA